UGAAAGUGAAAAUGUAUGAACGAAUAUGGUGUGGAAUUGAUUCGGCGGGUAUGGGAGUGUGACGUGGCGCGUUGCGGUGGAGAGAGGCAUCGCUUCAUCUCGUCUCGUUGUCACUGUGACUCACUUGUUCGUUGGUUCCCGCAAACUGCAAACCCAAUCCAAAAACAGCUGAAGCUGAAGAAGAAGAAGAAGCAACAGCAGCAACAAGAAAGAGCCAUUGAAAGUAGUGCUGAAAAAAGAACCGCGAAACUUGCAAAACGACGCCGUAUAUAGUGACCUAACUCAGUUUGUAUGCCCUUCAUUAUUCUCUCUUCUUCACACCCUUCUUUGUUGACCGCCAAAGCCCUAAAACCUUCGAUUCACGCCAUGAAGGACCGCCCUACGCUGUCCUCUUAUGGCGCCAUUUACGUUCCCCCGCACCACCGCCUCCGCUCCGUCAUCACUUCCGCCAAUUACAACUCCUCCGCUCCCUCUGUAGCCAAGCUCCGGGAUCACCAUGGCGCAGCUCUAAACCCUAGACCCGUUGCUUCAGCUGCUCCUACCACUGUGCAUCGCUCGCAAACGACGUUGCCGGAGCAAAUUCCUGUCAAGGGGAAUUCGCGCUUUGUUUCAGCUUACGACGACGUGGUUUCCGAGGAAGGCUCCGAUCGUGAAUUCGAGGCUCCCUCAUUUCGGAGUGCUUCACCAAAUGAUAACGUUGAUGAGUGGAUGAGGAAGCUAACAUUGCUCUUAAACGACAAGAGUAAGCAAGAGUUGUUGUCCAGGGAGAAAAAGGAUAGGCGUGAUUUUGAUCAAAUUGCGCUUUUGGCAAGCAGAAUGGGGCUGUAUAGCCACAUGUAUGCAAAGGUUGUUGUCUUCAGUAAGGUUCCACUUCCAAACUAUAGAUAUGACUUGGACGAUAGGCGGCCGCAGAGGGAGGUGAGCAUGCCUAUAACCUUGUUAAGGCGAGUUGAUGCAUACUUUGAGGAACACCUUACCCGAAAGUCCAAGAUGAAGGAAAGCUUUUCAGAUGUAUCAUUUACAAGAUCAAGCAGUAACAGUAGUAUUGGUACAGAUGAAGGGCUUUUUGAGCACCCUGAGCCACUUGCAUCUAGUAAGGCUGUUGGGGAGAAAAUACUUAGGCGGAGGAGCUUGCAAAUGCAUGAUCAGCAGCAAGCAUGGCAGGAAUCUCCAGAAGGAAGAAGAAUGCUAGAAUUUCGCAGGAGUCUCCCUGCUUAUAAAGAGAAAAAAGCAAUAUUGUCUCUCUUAUCAAGAAAUCAGGUAGUUGUCAUCUCAGGCGAAACAGGUUGUGGCAAGACAACUCAAAUUCCACAGUUUAUUUUAGAAUCUGAGAUAGAAUCAGUUCGAGGAGCUGCUUGUAAUAUCAUAUGCACACAACCAAGACGCAUAUCAGCUAUGUCUGUUUCUGAAAGGGUUGCCUACGAGAGAGGGGAGAAAUUGGGUGAAUCUGUUGGAUAUAAAGUUCGAUUGGAGGGUAUGAAGGGGAGAGAUACCCAUCUUCUCUUUUGCACCACGGGCAUCUUAUUAAGAAGAUUGCUAGCUGAUAGAAACUUAACAGGUGUAACUCAUGUUAUCGUGGAUGAAAUUCAUGAGCGUGGGAUGAAUGAAGAUUUUCUGCUUAUCGUCCUUAAAGAUCUCCUUCCUCACCGACCUGAAAUGAAACUGAUUUUGAUGAGUGCUACCCUAGAUUCAGAGCUCUUCUCUUCUUACUUUAAUGGGGCACCAGUUAUGAAUAUUCCGGGCUUCACAUAUCCCGUUAGAACUCAUUUUUUGGAGGACAUUCUUGAAAUGACGGGCUACAGAUUGACAACUUCUAAUCAAAUUGAUGAUUAUGGUCAAGAAAGGAUGUGGAAAAUGAACAAACAGGUCCCAAGAAAGAGGAAAAGCCAAAUUGCUUAUGUUGUCGAGGAUGCUAUUAGAGCUGCUGAUUUCAAAGAUUACAGCCCACAGACACAGGAGUCUUUGUCGUGUUGGAAUCCUGAUUGUAUUGGAUUUAGUCUCAUAGAAUAUAUCCUAUGCAUGAUAUGUGAGAAUGAAAGGCCUGGUGCUGUUUUAGUUUUUAUGACUGGAUGGGAUGAUAUAAGCACUUUGAAAGAGAAGUUUUUGGCUCAUCCUGUCUUAGGAGAUCCAAAUCGAGUUUUGUUGCUUACCUGUCAUGGCUCAAUGGGCAGUUCAGAACAGAGGUUAAUAUUUGAAGAACCCAAAGAUGGAGUAAGAAAAAUAGUGCUUGCAACAAAUAUCGCUGAAACGAGUAUCACAAUAAAUGACGUUGUUUUUGUGCUUGACUGCGGAAAAGCAAAAGAAACAUCAUAUGAUGCACUGAAUAACACGCCCUGUUUGCUUCCAACAUGGAUCUCUAAGGUUUCUGCCCAACAGAGACGAGGAAGAGCUGGUCGUGUUCAACCUGGAGUGUGUUACCAUAUCUAUCCUAGAUGUGUAUAUGAUGCAUUUGCUGAGUAUCAAUUGCCAGAAAUUUUGAGGACACCCUUGCAAUCUCUGUGUCUGCAAAUAAAAAGUCUAAGACUUGGAAGCAUACCUGAGUUCUUGUCUAGGGCUUUGCAGUCUCCGGAGAUCCUUGCGGUACAAAAUGCUAUUGAGUAUUUGAAAAUAAUUGGGGCUUUGGAUGAGAAUGAGAAUUUGACUACUCUAGGGUCCUAUCUGACAAUGCUUCCUAUGGAACCCAAACUUGGCAAGAUGCUUAUAUUAGGGGCUAUCUUCAAUUGCCUGGAUCCAAUAUUAACUGUGGCUGCUGGCCUUAGUGUGAGAGAUCCUUUCCUAACACCACUGGACAAAAAAGAUCUUGCAGAGGCAGCAAAAUCUCAGUUUGCUGGAGCAUAUAGUGACCACCUUGCACUUAUAAAGGCUUACGAGGGUUGGAAAGAUGCAGAAUUAGACAUUGGAGGAUGUGAAUAUUGCUGGAAAAAUUUUCUUUCAGCACAAUCAAUGAAAGCUAUUGAUGCUCUUAGGAGAGAGUUCAGAUGCCUGCUCAAGGAUAUUGGAUUAGUUGAUAGCAAUACAGCCAACUGCAACUUGUGGAGCUGUGAUGUGAAUCUCAUCCGGGCAGUUAUUUGCUAUGGUCUAUAUCCUGGAAUUUGCGCUGUUGUGCACAAUGAAAAGUCAUUCUCUUUGAAAACAAUGGAGGAUGGUCAAGUGCUCCUAUAUUCGAACUCCGUCAAUGCUCGGGAAACUAGAAUUCCAUAUCCAUGGUUACUUUUUAAUGAGAAGAUAAAAGUGAACUCUGUUUUCCUCCGCGACUCCACAGCUGUGCCUGAUGCAGUGGUGCUUCUGUUUGGUGGGAACUUAUUGAAAGGGGAUGCUGAUGGCCACUUAAAAAUGUUGGGAGGAUAUCUGGAGUUCUUCAUGGAACCUCCUGUUGCUGAUCUGUACCAGUGUGUAAAGAGAGAACUUGAUGACUUAAUUCAAAGAAAACUACUUUUUCCAAAGAUGAGCAUACACUUGUAUGAUGAACUCCUAUCAGCAGUGCGGUUGCUGAUUUCCAUAGACACAUGUGAAGGCAAAUUUGUAUUUGGUCGUCGGGUCUUUAAACCAGCAAAGUCAACAGUGAUGGCCACAUCACAUCCAGCAUCGAUUUCAAGGACUGAGAGUGGCCCUGGGGGUGAUAAUUCUAAAAGUCAGCUCCAGACCUUACUCACAAGAGCAGGAUAUGCUGCACCCAGCUACAAGACUAAACAAUUGAAGAAUAAUCAGUUUCGGGCUACAGUUGAGUUCAAUGGAAUGCAGAUAAUGGGCCAACCCUGUAGCAAUAAGAAAAGUGCAGAAAAAGAUGCUGCAGCUGAGGCCUUGCAGUGGCUGAUGGGUGGAAAACAGUCGGGCAGUGAGUAUAUCAGUCACAUGUCCAAGUUGCUGAAGAAAAGUAAGAAGGAUCACAACUGAGUAGUCAACUACAGGGAUCUCAAUGGAAGGGUAAGGAGAGCAAGGUGAAGGGACUGUUGUUGACGACUUGUCCUACAGCCUUACCCGUUUCAUUUCUUUUUGGAUAUAGGGACAGACUUUCGGCAGUGACGUUAUUGUAUGGUCUCGGAUCAAAGCCAAAUUUGUUCAUACCAAAACCCAAGCCAUAUCCAAUCUGGCGUGUAUCAUACUCGUUCAAUUUGAAGUUGGAAGAUAAUAAUUUUUUAUUGAAGUAGAAUGGAUCUCCAACAUGAAGCAAGGAAUUGCCACUCAAAUCUUUGAGGAUAUUAACUGUCCUAUUUGAUGCAAUUGCAUCUUGAGCGAAAAAACUGAUGGUUUCGGGAAGAAUCAUUUUACAACAGCAGGAUGUAGCAGAUACCAUUCAUCAUUUGGAGGGAAAGCGAGGAUGGCAAACAUUGAGUGAGAAGUGAUUCCAUGCUUGCACCCUAUUAAUUCUUUGUACAGUAUUAUUGAUAAGUGAUAUAUCCUGAAAUCUGUCAUGGAGGACCUCAACGAAGCUUUGUCUUUGUGCUGUGAAAGCAGAAUGAUGGUAACUAGUACUGCAUAUUUGGCCGUCGAAAUAUAAAAUUUGUUUCCAUUUUUUGCAAA